GCGUCAUUGUUUUGGAGGCGUAACCCGGAAGACGUGUCAUUUCAUCAGACGACAACAUGCUCCCAGCUGUGAAAUAACAUUCGCGGCUUUAGCUUUGAAUUUAUGAAGUCUGUUGGUUACAUCGCCGUCGAUUUACUCAAAUCCAGAGGAGCUCACAGUUCAGCCGCAGCUCGUCGCCUCGGAGGAGAAAUGUGUAAAGAACUCAAGACCAAAGUGCUGCGUUUGUGUCCGCCGAACUCCAAUGGGCCGACUCAUGAAAGCCAAACAGAUGGUGCUGAAAUCCUGCGAUGCACGGUGAAGGCUCUGAAGGAGGGCAGUGUGGUCGCCGUGCCCACAGACACCAUCUACGGCCUGGCGUGUCUGGCCCAGAGCUCCGAAGCCAUCAGAAAAACCUAUGACAUCAAAGGACGAAAUCUACAGAAGCCGCUGGCUAUUUGCGUAGGAGAAAUUCAGGAUAUUUAUAAGUACUGUAAGGUGCCGGUGCAGAACGAGCUGUUAGGCGACCUGCUGCCUGGUCCCGUCACCCUGGUGUUCGAAAGAUCUGAAGUGCUGAACACAGAUCUGAACCCCUUUACGUCGCUCGUAGGCGUACGUAUCCCAGACCACUCCUUUAUGAGGCGCCUCUGCCAGAUGUGCGGGGAGCCACUCGCCCUCACCAGCGCCAACAUCAGCUCACACACCAGCACCGUGGCCGUUCAUGAGUUUCAGGAUCUCUGGCCCAAACUAGCGGUCGUGGUGGAUAGCGGAACAAUAGGAGACCAGAACCGCCUCGGGUCAACAGUAGUCGACCUAUCAGUACUCGGCAAAUACCGCAUCAUCAGACCCGGCUGUGCCCUGUCUGCUACGGUUGAUGUGCUGAAGCACAAAUAUGGACUAUCAGAGGCCUUGGAGGAAAAAUGACCCUUGAACUGUCCACACUCACACGAUACCCGCUGAAAACACACAAACCGCUUUUGAACUCAGGAAGAGCUCAACCGUUCGACCACUGAUGGCCGAUAUUGUCCCAGUGCCUGCUUUAAGGUCUUGACUAACUUUUUUUCUUAUUUGGUGACCUUAUUUUCUGCCUCACUGUUUGUCUGAUAUUAAGGGACUCUGUGGGAUUUUAUAUUGUGUUGGAGCUCUCUGUCAUUUAUUCAGGAAUAUAAAAGUUAUGCCAGCUGUUUGGGUUUUUU